AUGGAGACAAAACAAAAGCAGAACUAUAUGGAAAUCAUUAAAAGAAGAAUGAAUUUUUAUAGAGCUUAUUAUGUUAAUCCUAUUAGGAAGGCAAGGGGCUUGGCACUCUGGUGGAGAAAUGAUGUUCAAGUGCAAGUCAUUAAAGCUGUAAAAAUUUUUAUUGACGUGCAUCUCUCACUGAAGGGAAACUCUAAUAGUUUUAAUGCAACUUUUAUCUAUGGCAAUCCUUAUAGGGAGGAACGUGAUCUCCUUUGGGAGGAUAUUUUGUUAUUAAAGGCUGUUAGCCCUGAACCUUGGCUGUGUAUUAGUGAUUUUAAUGUGGUUUUAUUGGAGGAGGAGAAAUUAGGGGGUAGUCAGCUUAGUGCAUCCCAAGUUAGAAAGUUUCAGUCUUUCAUCUCCAAAAGUAAUCUUAUAGACUUGGGAUAUAAAAGACUAUUGUAUACUUGGCAUAACAAACAAUUUGGUCCUACAUCCAUCCAAGAGAGACCAGAUAGAGCUUUAGGGUCGAUAGAAUGGUGUGAAUUGUUCCCUAAAGCUGCAAUCCUCCAUGAAACUCUUAGAGGUUCAGACCAUAGGCCUCUCAUCCUGACUUUAGAGUGCAGAAAAGUGUUGAGUAAUUGGAAUUAUGCUCAUUUUCGAGGGACAAAGAAUGAGAUUGAGAGAUUGCAAAAUCGUGUGGAAGAGAUAUAUGCAGAUCCUCUUAAUUCGGAAAAUAACCAAGCAAAGGAGAAUCUGCAAAGAGAUGAUGGCAGGUGGAUUGACAGCCCUGAGGAGAUUAAGACUAAAAUUCUUUCCUUCUUUAAGCACUUAUAUAGAAGUAGUAGACCUUCGGGUAUCCAGGAAGUGAUUGAGCUUAUCCCUGAAUUGGUUUCCCAAGAGAUGAAUGACCAACUCUCAGCUCCAGUAACUGAUGCAGAUGUUAAAAAAGUUAUUUUUGAUUUAGGUGCUUCAAAAGCUCUAGGACCUGAUGGUUUUUCAGGAUUGUUUUAUCAAAAUAAUUGGAAUGUCAUUGGCCCUGACAUAUGUAAUACAGUCAAAAGCUUUUUUGUUAAUGGUUUUCUUUGUAAACAGCUCAAUAGGACAAAUAACCAGGCAGCUUUCAUCCCUAACAGAGCUAUACAAGAUAAUAUCAUAAUAGCUCAUGAGGUCUUUGAACAUCUGAGGAAACCUAAAGGUAAGAAGCACUCCAUGGCUGUGAAGAUUGAUAUGCAUAAAGCGUAUGACCAGGUUGAGUGGAAAUUUUUCCAAGCAAUUCUGUUGAACUUUGGUUUCUCUUAG